ACUCGCCCUUCUUGCGGCACUUCUCGCAGGCGCAACAGCGCAUGUGCUGCCCCGAAACGACAUCCCUACGGGGGCUCCAGCGCUCCCUCUCUCAGCAUUCAACACCAUGCCCCACCGCAUGUUCUCUCCUGAAGAACUCGUGGCCAUCGUCGACAACGGUACCCAGCACGGCCCAGAAUCUGAUUUUCAGGGCAUCCAGGCGACAUGCAGUAAUAUCCGCACACGUCCAGAAUGGCACAGGACAAACGAUGCGUUCAAGCAGAAGUUCGUCGACGCAGUCAAAUGCCUCUUCUCGCGCCCUAGCAAAGGAAACUAUCCCGGCUCGCGAAAUCGAUAUGAGGACUUCGUGCAAGUGCAUCAGAAGGUCGCGCUCAACGUGCACAGCCAGGGCAGCCUUAAUGCCAAGUUUCUGGUCUGGCACCGCGCAUAUCUGUGGGCAUUCGAGGAGGCUCUCCGUGGAGAAUGCGGAUAUUCGGAGAGUCUCCCUUGGUUCGACGAGACGCUAUAUCCAGGCCGCUUCUCGCAAUCCUCCAUCUUCAGCAGCAAGUGGCUCGGCGCGAUCAAUCUGCAGGGAAGAUGCGUCACCGACGGGCAAUUCGCCAAUCUCGCGCUGAAUGUCGGGCCCGGCAGCGGCAACCAGUACCACUGUCUUACGCGCAACGGCGAUGCUUCGUUCACCAGUCAGUGCACCUCCGCCAACGUAGAGGUCUGCCAGCGCGCAAACGACUACCAAGUUUUCGCGCAAUGCGAAGAGGGUGGUUUGCAUGCGUACGGCCAUGUCGGAACGGGUGGCGAGAUGAAUGAUUUCUUUGCCAGUCCUAACGAUCCGGUGUUCUGGCUGCACCACGGGAUGGUUGAUCGGCACUUUAGGAUCUGGCAAAAUGAUGAUGGGAACAGGGUCAAUUAUGUUAAUGGGCCGGGACCAGAUGGGAAGCAGCUCACGAUGGAUACGCCGAUUUAUCUGAAUGGGUUGAAACCGGAUCUCAAGAUUAGGGAUAUCAUGAACACCAUCGGAGGCUUCUUGUGUUAUAAAUACGAUUAUUAGAGAGUGAUAGUAAUAUAGACUUCUGCAUCUCAUGGAUACACCCUGUGUUGCACCAGUCACGACUGGCCAAGUGGGAGAAAUUUUG